AACUUUAUAUUUUCUUAGUUCAGAGCAUUAACCCACCAGAAGACAAAUUUAUAAUUUAUAGCCAUAAAAACUAUUUAAAAUACUCAGAAACUCCAUGAAUUCGCAAAAAUUUACUCAUCUUAGACGCACUUAACAUGAUGAUUGAUUAUUCGGCAUACACUAUGAGCGAUGAAUAUUUAUUAAGAAAAAAAUUUUUAUAGGUGUGUAUGUUGUGAUUUCUGUUUGUUUGUUUGAAUUUUUAUACAAACACAAUGGUUUCGCAUCCGUUAAUGAAGCCAGUUUUAGCCAAAAGAAGAGUCAGUGUCUCGCACAGCAUCGAACGGUCCGGACAGCAACUCAGAUUCCGGCAUUUUUGCGAUGAAUCUCUUAACAAUCGCAUUAUUUCUGCUGUUCGGCGUUCUCGCUGGUGGCCAGAACCAACAAGCCGUGCCCAGUAUCGGAGCUUUGCUGCCAAAAAUAGACCAAGAAUACUAUAAACUCACACCAAAUGGAGAUAAUUACCAUUUACGUUUAGAUUUGCCUGAGGGUGGAUUUCGCGAAGAAAACGCGGAAGUGAUUACAGAUGAAAACGGAAAUAAACUUCUAGCUGUGAAGGGUCAUCUGGACUUGGUAUACAACGAUGCACCGUUUCAAGUGGUUGUCAUUUAUGAGGCUGACGGUAAUGGUUAUCGUGCAAAAUAUAUGUAUGUACCGAAAGUGCUAUCUGCUAGCGCUAGUUUUCUGAAAACUGCAGCAGGUUAAAAGUUUGUGGAAUUUAAAUAUAUUUAAUAAAACUUGUGAAUACCA